AUAAGAAGACUCUUCCCCGUUCUUGUUAACACCACUUUACUCUUCCUUUGGCUCCUCUGGGAUACAGAGAAUCUGGUUCCUGGAAAGACUUGGGUCUCUCAGAUUAGAGAUGUUUUUCUCUGAAUGACUGAAAUUGAGAAAUGUCCAGCUGUAUCAUUAGAGGUCUUUCUGGAAUCUUGUUUUCCUGCCCUAGAACAAAGUAAACCUAGAAAAGGGACUCUCUAUUUCAGUAGCUGUCUUAGGAAUGGAGGUUGAAUUAAUACUGCAACAUUUUAUUCAAUAUUGGAUAUUGAAAAUUUCUCUUUACUUAGGAUUAAACAUCAAUAAAAUAUUUUACAGUCUUUAUAGAGACUGAUAGAUUUGAUAUGUUAAUAUACUGAUAUAAAAGUUGGGGCUUUCUAUAUUUUUGUUUCAUUUUUUUUCAGGGACUGCGCAUUAAACAUCAACUAUCCCAGAUAAUACUGUGUCAGAUGCAGUAGAAAGACCCACUUUACAUAGAUCGUUGAUCCAUGUUAAUAUAUAAUAAAAAAAUUAAAUCAAUAAAUUAGAUUAUUUCAGUCAUAAGUAUUAAGAAGGAAAGGAGGUGUCAGUGCUACUUUAGGGAGCAAUCAUUAGCUGAGACUAAGAAUGAAGCAUCCAGACAGUUCCUUAUUUCCAGAGUCAUCAAGUGGAGACAGACACUGGGGUAGAAGAAAGCUGUAGAAGAUGUGUGGUUGAAAUGAAGGAACAUUGGGAGUAGUAAGAAGUUAGACCCUCUUAAUGAGUUGGCUGGGCCCUUUAAGUUUUUGGAUUUAAUGUUGAAAGGUUAUAUAUUCAAUACUGAGAUGAAAAAAAAUCAUUAGAGCUAAAUUUAGCAACAACAUUAGAGUGAUAAAUUUCUUGUUUAUAAUGAUAAUAGAUUCUGAAGUGUGCAAGGUUUAUAUAAUUUUUAUUGUUUUGAAGUUUUGGACAUGAUGUCUCAAGCCUGUAAUCUGGGUACUCAGCAGGCUGAGUCAAGUCAAGUUGCUGUGUUUUGAAGUAGCCUGGCUAUGUAGUGAGUUUCAGGCCAGUCUAGGCUACAGUAUCAGAUCUGGUCUCAAAAAAAAAAAAAAACAAAAACAAAAAACCACAAACCUAUUGCCAGGUUCAUACACAAGGGAAAAUGGCUAAAAUCUGUAUAUUGCUAUUGUUCUAAAAAAAUCACUACUAGUUACCUUAAAAUAAACUAGAAAGUAGAAUGCAACUGGUCUACAUUUAAGUGAGCCAAUAUUUAAGAAACCAGGAGCUUUCACAUAAGCAAGAUGUCCAACUUUUCUAAACAGAUUGAAAUCUUCCCAAUACUGAGUCUCCAUUCCUAGAAGGCAGCAGCUGUAGUAAAGUUAUGCUUCCUGCUGUCUAUAGCACUGAAAUUUUACUCAGCUCAAAGCUGCUUUCUUUGUUCAUGUUAACAUCUGUGAAACUUACAGGUAUGUAGGCCACUGAGAAAAUUCAAAUGUUUAUUUAUUGCUGCUAGUUCUUUUUACAAAACAAACACUAAAGAGAUUUGGAUUAACCAAAAGAUUACCAGAAUUUGAAUUUUAUAACUUAAUUCAUUGUUGAAAUAUUAUUGAAGAAAAAAUGUUCCACAUUUAUUGUGCCAGCAUUCAAAUUAUAUUUAAACAUAAAAUUCACUUACAGAAUUUUAAAAAAUAUUUAUUUAUUUUAUGUAUGUGAGUGCUCUGUCUGAAUGUACACCUUCAUGUGAGAAGAGGGCGCCAGAUCUCAUUAUAGAUGGUUGUGAGCUACCGUGUGGUUGCUGGGAAUUGAACUCAGGACCUGUCCCUCACUUCCGAAUUUUAAGCAAAACCAUUGUCUUGACUUUAAUUAUAUUUUAAAUUACCUGCUAAAAUUAAGUAUCAUGCCUCCUAUCACUUUUAAUUUUAAAAGGAGCAUUUCUCCCAAAGGUUAGCCUGAGUUACAAUCUUUUUCACAGGCUUCUGAUUUAUUUCCAGAGCCUCUGUUAAAUGCAUGCAAUAAUUCCAUCAGAGUAAAGCACCUUAGAAAUUUGAUGGCAAUUUAUAAACAUUAUUCUCCUUAUGAUAUUAAAAUUAGUUCUUGUGAAUACCUUGAUAGGAACUGUAUAUUACUAUGUUGGAAACUUAAUAAUAAUGUAUUUUGUGUAUGUGGAUAUGUGCAUACAUAUGUAGAGAGACUAGAGGUCAAUAUCCAGUGAUCAGUUUUUAUUUUAUUUUAUUUAUUUAUUUUUUUUGAGACACAGUCUCUUAGAGAACUUGGAACUUGAGCUAGGUUGGUAGCCACCAAGCCUCAAUGAUCUUCCCUUUCCUGCUUCCCCAGUACUGGGAUCAGUGUAUCAUUUUAUUUUUAAAAAUCUAGUUAAUUUGAUUGCCCAAUUGAAAAGAAACAUACAUGCCAUAUGAUCAGCAUGGUCACUCAAGCUGUCAGUCACCUUUGGACAUUAUUAGCACACAUGUAACUCAUCUUUCUGUUGCUGCUUAGCUUUGUUGUUUUGGGCCUGUGGUGAGAGGGGCAUACCAUGUAACAAAGCAGCUCACCUCUUGGAAGGAGAGGUUUUCCACCAUUUCCCAGUAGCACCCCAGCCUGGUGACCACGUCCUAUAGUACAUGGCCUUUAGAAGACAAUAGUGAUCCAAGCCGUAAUACCAUGCUGCAUGCUUCUGGGUUAGCAGCUUCUCUGCACCUAUUGAUCUUGGUCCUUACAGUAAUAGUUAUGCACGAGUGCGAGCUGUGGUGAUGACCAGAGAUGACUCAAGUGGUGGAUGGCUGCCACUCGGAGGGAGCGGACUGAGCAGUGUCACUGUCUUCAGAGUCCCUCAUCAGGAAGAGAAUGGCUGUGCAGACUUUCUUAUCCGUGGAGAGAGACUCAGAGACAAAAUGGUGGUUUUGGAAUGUAUGCUUAAGAAAGACCUCGUCUAUAAUAAGGUCACUCCUACAUUUCACCACUGGAAGAUCGACGACAAGAAGUUUGGCCUUACCUUUCAGAGUCCUGCUGAUGCCAGGGCUUUUGAUCGAGGCAUUCGAAGAGCUAUAGAGGAUAUUUCUCUAGGGUGCCCAACGUCAAAAACUGAGGCUGAAGGAGGAGAUGAUGAUUUACAAACAACUGAAGAGGACACUUCCCGUUCCCUAGUGAAAGAUCACUUUUUCCAGCAAGAGACAGUUGUUACCAGUGAUCCUUACAGAAGCUCAGACAUAAGACCGUUACCCUUUGAGGAUCUGAAUGCCAGAAGAGUCUACUUGCAAAGCCAAGUCAGCCAGAUACCAUUCAGUCAGCAAGGCCUAGACAUUCAGAGCCGAAGUAUGGAAUAUGUACAGCGACAAAUAUCUAAGGAAUGUGGGAGCCUAAAGUCCCAAACUAGGGUCCCUUUGAAGUCAAUCAGACAUGUCAGCUUUCAAGAUGAGGAUGAGAUUGUUAGAAUAAAUCCUCGAGAUAUCUUAAUACGUCGGUAUGCAGACUACAGACAUCCGGACAUGUGGAAAAAUGACUUGGAGAGAGAUGAUACUGACUCCAGUGUUCCAUUUUCUAAACAAGACAGUAAAAAGUCAGACUAUCUCUACCACUGUGGGGAUGAGACUAAGUUAAGUUCUCUGAAAGACUCUGUGGUAUUUAAGACACAGCCUCCCUCGUUAAAAUUUAAGUCAAAACGAAGAAAAGAGGAUGGGGAACGUUCUCGCUGCGUGUACUGCCAGGAAAGGUUUAAUCAUGAAGAAAAUGGCAGGGGGAAAUGCCAGGAUGCUCCAGAUCCUGUUAAAAGAUGCAUAUAUCAAGUUAGUUGCAUGCUCUGUGCUGAGAGCAUGCUAUAUCAUUGUAUGUCAGACUCAGAGGGAGACUUUUCUGACCCUUGUUCGUGUGACACUAGCGAUGACAAGUUCUGCCUAAGGUGGUUAGCCCUGGUAGCUCUGUCUUUCAUUGUACCGUGUAUGUGCUGCUACGUCCCUUUGAGAAUGUGCCAUCGCUGUGGUGAGGCAUGUGGGUGCUGUGGUGGGAAACAUAAGGCUGCUGGGUGAAGCAGUCCAGGGCCAGCAUGAGCUUAAACCUUCAUCUCCAGGAAUUAGCUAACUUGGAUUUGUGGAAGCUGUUGGCAAGCAAUAUGGAAUCUUGCCUGGUAUCAUUGGGGCCAUGCGUGGAGGAAGCAGAACUCGUCAGUUCUUGUGAUUUACAGAUGCCAGCCAUGCCUGUCUCCCUGAGUGCAUGGCGUGUUCUGGGACAGAUCACAGAGCAUUUUCAGAAGGAAGUCAUUUCUGGUUAUUGACUACAAAAGGUCAACAUAGAAUAGGAUCCAACUAAAAGGGAUUAAUUUUGGCAUUUUCAUAUUUAUGCACUAGGUGAUGGGACUUUUUAAAGAUUUGAAUUCUUUAGGACAUUAACUAAAAAGUGCACUAAGGGACAGUGAUUUCAGUACAAAAAAGUUAGUACUUGGGAAAUUAAAAGAGAUAAAACAAGUACAACUAAAUCAUUAGUUGUUUUUUGAAAGCAGUUUUAUGUAUAAAUAACAAAUGUUUAUAUUUAACUAAAUGUAAGGUACGAACUAUGACAUAUUAAACUUUUCUUGCCCUUCCUAGUUCUGAGGUAGAUGUGCACAGAUCUGCCACCACAUUCCAUAUGUGUUGAGUAUUUAACUCAUCUAGUUAAUAACGUUUGUAUCCAUGUGAAAGAUUUGGUAAGUUCAUCCUCAUUUCUCUUUGGCUGCAGUUUAUAUUGAGUUAUAUCUGUACAUUCUGGAAAUCUAAAAUCUUUAAAAUAAUCUAAUAGCCUUGAGUGACCAACUUUUUUUUAAAGCACAGAUGUAAUUGUCUAAUGUUCUGAUGGAAAUGUAACACUUAUUUUUAUAUAAAGAGACUGAGUAAACAGAAGAAAUUGAGGGUUCCUUUAGUUGUUUUGUUUCUGUGGUAUUCAGCCAGCAAGUUGUUUUCUUUCAGAGUUUCCUCCUUCAAAGAACUUAACUGCAUUUAUAAACCUUUUACAAGGCAGAAGCGUUAACUGGAUAGUUAGUGUGAAACAGUUUCCGCUCGAGAUCUCCAUUUAUCAUUCUGCUAAGCCAGAGUGCGCACAGCUGUCUCACUGAUUUUCUGAGCUCAGCCCUCUGUGCUUACUACUCACAUAGCAAAGGUAAUGCCUUUCAGUUGCAUUUUAUUAUACUUCAGGAGCAGAGUUACUUUGCAUUAACACGUGUGCAGAGCUCUCGCAGGAAAGUAUUUAAUCCACCAUUGUGAAUGGAAAUCUUUAAUAUCACAUUCCUGUCGCAGAGCAUUUGUAUUAUGGGAUGUUUGAUUACAAAGUAGUGUAUGAUAUGCUCCAGCAAACAGGUUAAAAAAACUUUGAGGUCAAUUGGUUUUUUUGUUUGUUUGUUUGUUUUUUAAAGUGAUACUAUUAAAACUCUUGGGAGUGAUUCUUUCAAAAUACUCCCUCAGGAAAGAAAGCUAAGCAGUGUGCCUUUUUGCCUUUUUGUUUUUUUAAAAUGGCUUAAAGUUUCUGAAGUGAUAAAAAAUGAAAAUCACACUACCAUUUGAAGUCCAUUCUGCAGGUUUUGAGUGUCAUUUCUGUACAGUCCAUUUUCUGUGUCACACUUCGGCUUAUGUUAGCUUUCUUCUUUUGCCCCAGGUCAAACUGAACAAUGUAUAUAUAACACUAUCUGUCUGUAAAAUACUUUUUUUAAGAAAACAUUUAUAUUUAUAUGACAGCUUGAACUGACAACAUUAUGUAUAUAGAUCAUCUUGAAGUAUUAUUUCACAUUGAAAAGAAGAAAAAUAUAUUGAUAACUAUAGAUGUUAUGAAGAAGAGGCUAUUUCUAGUUUUGUACUAAAAAUCAAUUGGAUGAACUAAAUCCAGAAACGGACACUGUGGCAGCAAUUUCCGGUCUUAUUUUUACUGUUCCUAUAUUGGAGGCUGCUACACAGAUAGAUGAUCUUCACCCUUGGCGUUUUCAGAUAAACUUGGUUUCCUAGGGCAGACUGUUAACUUUCAAAAUUCCUUUUUAUUGCUGAAAUAGAAUACUGGGUUUCCUUGUGAAUGAUUAUUCAUAUUUGUAAGUUCUGGGUUUAUAAUUCAGGUUGGAUCAAGGUGUGAAUAGCUAAAGAAAAUAGCUUGCUGGCAAUAUAGGAAAUGCCAUGGAAAUGAACUGUGUAUAUACUUCUGAGAAGAACAAAAUUAAUCAUUUUUUUUUCUGUUAAGCACUAGUCACUAUAGUGCAUCUCCUGGUUCUGUAUUUUAUACUCAACGUACAUGCUUUAAUAUUUUAAUGUUUGUGCAUUAAUAUUUCAGUUUGUUUAACCACUUUGCUGCUAAGAUUUUGCCAUCCCGUUCCCAUUUUUUCCUUUACAAUUUUAAACAUUUCUCUUCAUUAAAAACUAUGAUAAUGAAAUUGUUUUUUUUAACCUUGGAUUUUUGUAAUUAGCACACAUGAAUUCAAGCCAGUCCAGAAAAGAAACUGAUGAUACAACGUUAGUGAGUCCCGUUGUGAAUUAGAUGGACAGUUUAAUCCAAUUCCAAACAUGUGCAGGUGGAUUCAAGGAUGGUUUCUUGUUCGCUGUACAGAUUUGACGCUGCCAUUGGACAUUUUCUUUAAAACUUCUCUUGUUGUCUAAAGUUUAAGGAGAUGGCAUAACAAAACUGGUAAAGUAAAAGUAAAUAUCGGAAAUGAAAUUAUCUUAGUGGCAUGACCAGAAAAUUCUCCUCCUGUUGGGCUUGUUUGCUCAGACUCAGUAGUUCUCAAAGGUUGCUUGCAGCUUACAGGAAGCCUUUGAUUUCUUGAGCAGGAAUGCUUGUGGAGCUGCAUUGCCACCUGCUGGAUGGUUUUAGACCAGCACAGAAAGAUGGCGAUGGUGUCGCCCAGUAAAGAAGGGCUGCUUAGGGUGGCCACUGCCCACCAGAGAAAUCAGGGGCGAGAAACAGCUCUAAGGAAUGUAAAUAAGUCUUUCCCCAAAUGCAUAUGGUUGCUGCAAGAACUUAAGCACUUUUUUUUCUUACACAUCCUGCUUUAAAAUAUUUAUUGAAACUUGGAAUUGGCAAUCAAACUUACGUACUGAAGCAUUUAUACAACCAGUUUCUUGAACUGAGAAGCCAUUACCAAAAUGGUAUUCCUGUUUUCUUCCCAGUACCAGUCAGGGAGAAUUUUUUCUUUAAAACAAAAAACAGCAACAACAACAACAAAAAACAAAACAAAACAUAAUUACCUGUAUUUUAUCAUGACAACUCCAGAGUGUGUAUGUUUCUGAGUAGAUGUUGAUGAGGCAGGACUUAAAAUUUAAAGAGAAAAACUUGAAACUACCUAUUUUCAUUGGUUAUUCAGCAGUGCCUAAAAUGAGCUUGUGAAAUAAUACAAAUGCACUUUGAAUUCAUGUGUAUAGUGCCAUCUAAUUCCUUGGGUGAACCUUGCUUUUCUUCUCCCUCUCUCCCGUAACUAAGUGGCACACAGGCAUUUCUUAGUGUUCAUGUCAGUCUUCAGUACAGAGAACAUGGUGGAGAGACUUUUAUGGAUCUUUUUUCUGUUAAAAUUGAAUGUCUAAUUAUAUUUGAAACAUGUAACUUGGAUUAAUGUGUUUUAAAGUAAUUUUAAUUGUAGUCCAACAGUGCAUUGAGCAAGUGUUAACUUUUCUGAAAAAUAACGUGGAGAACUUUAGUUAACCGAUAAAACCAAUUCAUCACUAAA